GGAUGACUGGAUGUUAGUAGCUGGUGUCUGUUCCUUAUCGGCGGUUAUAUCAUUGCACCCUGCGACAUCGUUCUUGUUCUUCCGUCUUAUGACUGUUGAUUGCGGGCCAUUCUUAUUGUUAAUCGAAUCAAGUGUACCUUUGACCAGAAGCUUCGCUUUAUAGUUCCAAGCACAAUGUUGCGCUGGUACCAAGCGAAGCUGGCCAAACAGCCGAUCCUGACCGCCAGUGUCACCAGCUUGGUUUUGUUUGGCAGCGGCGAUGUCCUCGCUCAGCAGCUAGUCGAUCGCAGAGGAUUUGACAAGCACGAUGUAGCAAGAACAGCGCGCAUGGCUCUCUACGGAGGUGCGGUCUUCGGCCCGGCUGCCACGGCCUGGUACGGUAUCCUGCAACGCCGUGUUGUCCUCCAAAAUGCCAAAGCUACCCUCGUCGCUCGUGUUGCUGCCGAUCAGCUGCUUUUCACGCCCAUUCAUUUGACCUGUUUCUUGUCGUCCAUGGCCAUCAUGGAGGGCUCCGACUCGAUUGAGAAGUUGCGCAACAGUUUCGUGCCCAGUUACAAAGCAAACCUCACCAUUUGGCCUCUGGUUCAGGGUGUCAACUUCGCCAUCGUGCCGCUGGAGUACCGUGUCCUGGUAGUGAACCUGGUCAGCUUGGGCUGGAACUGUUUGUUGAGCUUGAUCAACAGCGGCGAGAAAUGAUAUGCCUUUGCUCUGUGCUAAUCAGCACUAAAUCAUAGAUACCCGUCGAAUCUCCGACUAUGAUGUUUUGAUCUUUUAAGCAGGUCUCUUUCGGGCCAUAGCGGGUUCUUGGCAUUUGUCUGUUUGCCUUGGAAUUCAGUUCGAUGAUACUUUCUUUUUUUUUUGUUUCGCUAGAUCUCAUGUGGCUUGAAUAGAGCCAUAUUCAUAUCGCAUGAAUAGAACCU